UUCUCUUGAUCGAUGGUGGAGGAGCUCGAUUUCGAUGUGGAGAUCGGCAGCGCGGGCAUUGGCGGCGACGAGGAUUUCGAUGAGGAGUACGAGGAUCUCUACGACGAUGUAAAUGUAGGGUUCUUUCCCCAGGAAGCGGCUGCUCCUCCAGCUCGUCCAGCGCCAUCGCCAGUAGCGGCAGCGCCAGGGAAGGGAUCUGGUGAGCUCUACCCCAGGGACGAGCAGGACAGGACGACAGCGCCGGCUAGGGUUAAUGCGGCGCCAGAGAGUUUCAGCAAGGAUGAAGAUCCUCCCAUUGCCACUGGCGAGAGCGCUGCUCCAGCAGCUCCUAUCGAUUCUUCGCCAGGGAUUCUCGCUCGGCCGCCACCGCAGCAGCAGCAGUUCGUGGAUGCGAAUGCGAAGGCGGGGAUUUUCAUCUCGGAGCUUCACUGGUGGACGACAGACGCCGAUCUGGAGGCCGCGCUGGCGGAUUUCGGGCGGCACAAGGGGCUGAAAUUCUCCGAGGAGAGAGCCAGUGGCAAAUCCAAGGGCUACUGCCAGGUUGAGUUCUACGAUCCACUCGCGGCCCAGCAAUGCAAGGAGCAGCUCAAUGGCAGGAUUUUCAAUGGGCGCCCUUGCGUCGUCCAGUACGCCACGCCCCAAGUCCUCAAGCAAGUAAACGCGAAGAGCCAGAGCCAGAGCCAGCCAUCGCAAGCAGCGCAAGCUCCACAGCAAGGCCAGGCCGGGAAGAAAAAUAGCGGCGGUGGCGGGGGUGGUGGCGGCGGUGGUAGAGGACGAGGACGCGGCCGUGGUGGUGGUGGUAACAAUGGACAACUUCCGCUAGGAGGAAUGGGGCUGUUUGGCGAUCCGGGCUUUGUUCCUCCGAUGAGACCGGGCAUUUUCGGGAUGGGAUUCAUGCCGCGGGGUCCUGCGUAUCCGAUGCACUACCCGGGCGUGCCGCCGCCUCACGUAAAUCCAGCGUUCUUCGGACGGGGCGGAGCAAACGGGCACGCGAUCGCGAAUGCUGGAGGGUGGAGUAGCGGCGGAUGGGAGGAGAGCGAGCGGGGCGGCGGUGGCGGGUAUGGUUUCGAGGACGAGGAUGGCCGAGGUAGCGGCAAAGAAACCGGCAAAGCUUCGCGGGAUCACAAGGAUGGAAAGGAUUUGGAUCGCGAGAAAGAGAGGCAGCAACACAGGGACAGUAGAGAUCGGGAUCACAACGCUAACAAGCCCAGCAGCCAUAGCUACAAAUCGAGAGAGAAAGGAGAGGAUUAUAGCGACGAGUAUAGCAAGAGGCGGCGCCACUGACAAUGCUUUGCGAAGAUCAUCUAUGGUGAUCGAUACUACUACUAAUUUUUUCGUUUGGCGUGAGUAUCGCAAUCGACUGGUUAUAAACCCUAAA